AUGAAUUCCAAAAAUAUUAAUAACGAUAGUUCAAGUGAAGAUGAUGCUAAGGUUUAUGAGACUCUUACAAAAUUAUAUCCAGCUAAUGAAUUAAUGCCACGGAAAUUGACCAUUGAUAUUGAUGUGAAAUCCUUAUAUCCCUUAAAGUGAGAAUUUAUUUUUCGAAAAGUCAAGACCUUUGCCUUAAUUCAAUCAGUUUUAUUCCACAUUCAAUGAAGAAAUAUAGACAUCAUCACUAAAUUAAGUCGAAAUUACGUAGUAGGAAGAGAGAACGUUACUUGAAUAUUUUGAAUAGAAUAAAUAAAACUUGAUAUACAAACGAUUUGAUCAAAUUGAUCUAUCCAAACGAAGUCCAAAUGAUAGAACUUAUUUUUCUACUCUAUUUGUUAAUUUCAAGAAGUUCAUUUAGCAUUACAAUUAAUAGAUAAUAUCCACGAGUAUAUUUUCGAGGAGAUCCCCUAUUUGAUUAGAAACUAAUACCUUGUCAAACAGAUUAAUUGAAAUUUGAUUCAAAUUUUGAAUCUGGUAAUUUGUUUUGUGCUUUCAAAAGAGCUAAUGAUGUAUAUGAUCUAAUACUCUAAAAUGAUAUUAAUACUAGAGGAAAUACAUAAUGGUUUUUUUUUAGUGUAACUGGAGUAAAAGCAGGUUAAACUAUAUAAUUUAAUUUACUUAAUCAUGUAUUAUAAAGUAAUAGUAUUAGCUUAAAAGCAGCAGUUUAUUUAAUGAAGGAUUGCAACCAGCCAUUUAUUCAAUCAAAGAGAAUGAAAUCAAUAAAUAAGAAUGGUUUAGAGGUGGAUUCAACAUUAAUUAUUUUAAGAGUCCCUUCCUUAAAGAAUAUCCUUAAACAAUAAGAGCUAAAUAUUAUUAAUUGUAAUUCAGUUACACUUUCAAACAUAAUAAUGAUAAGGUUUAUUUUGCUCAUUCAUAUCCCUAUACAUACACUAAUUUAUUAGAAUUUUUGAAUUCUAUUCUAGAUAAUCCUGAAAAGAAUUAAUAUAUGUCCAGAAAAUCAUUAUGUACAACCUUAGGUGGAAACACAUGUGAAGUAUUAACUAUAACCUCUAAUUCAAUGUAACGUAGAGCAUAUAGAAAAGGAGUAGUCUUUAUGGCAAGAUAACAUCCUGGAGAACCUUAAGGAUCAUAUGUAAUGUAAGGUAUUAUAGAGUAUUUGACUUCUAAUAAUCCAUAAGCAGAGUAUUUAAGAUAAAAUUGUAUCUUUAAAAUAUUUCCAAUGAUGAAUAGCGAUGGAGUUGUAAAUGGGAAUUAUAGAUGUGGUUUAGAAGGUAGUGAUUUCAAUAGAAGAUGGAAAAAACCAAAUAAAUAUCUUCAUCCUACUGUAUAUUAUACAAAGAAAUAUAUUAAAGGAUUUAGUAAAGAAAGGUAAAUUAUAUUAGUGAUUGAUUUACAUGGACAUUCUAGAAAGGAAUCAUCAUUUGUUUAUGGAUGUGCUUACUCAUCUUAGGUUAAGACUAUAGAAAGAGUUUUCGCUUUACUUAUGGCAAAAAUGAAUCCUUUAAUGGAUUAUCCUUCUUGUACAUUUAAAGUUGAGAGUUCAAAAGAUAAGACUGCAAGAAUUUAGAUUUGGAGAGAAUUGAAAAUUAAUUGGGUAUAUACUUAUGAAUGCAGUUUUUAUGGGUAAAAAAAGAAACAUUUUUAAAUUAAAGAUUAUAUUAAUUGUGGUGUAAGUAUAUGUGAUUCCUUAUCUUAAAUUGUAAAGGAUACUUCAAAAGAAUUCACAAAUUAAACCAAUAUCCCAGAUAUUUAAUAAUAAAUUUUGGAAGAAUUAGGAAAGAUGCCUUAAACAGAUGAUUAAGAUUAAGGAUCUGAUACUAGUUAAUCUGAAGCUGAAUUAUCUGAUGAUGAAAUUGUAUAAUUAUUCUAACCUAAAACUUAUUCCUUAAAAUAGAAGAACUUUCUAAAAUAAUUAGAUUCUAAAAAGAAAUAAAUUAUUACUAAAUAAACUUUAGUUAAUUAAAAAAAUAGUAUAUUAUAGGAAUCACCAUCUAAAAACUAUCAAUAACAAUAGGAUAAUAAACUUCCAUCAAGUAGUUUAAAACCUAAAAAUAUCAAUUAUAGAAUUCCUGUUAAAUUACGUUAAAUUGAACCAAUUAGAGAAUAAUAAUAACCAAUUAUGGUUGAUAAGUGUUGUUAAACAGAUGAUUGGAUGUAUAGAUAAUGGUUGAUAUAAAUUGGAAAAUAAAAGAAAAAGGAAGAAUAAUUAAGCUAAACACCUACAAGAUAUAUCUAAAAGUCUUCAUCACAAUCAGCUACAAGAUUUAUUGUUAAAAACACAUCUAAACCUGAUAGAGGACGUAUUGAUUCUAUUUCCUUUGUUAAUUCAGGAAUAUAAAAAAGUAUUAAAUUUACUUAUUUAUUUAGAUUCAUUUAGUUAAUAAAGAUAGAUUAUGAGAUAUUCAGGAAGCAACUUUAUGUAUUGA